GCUGACCGCUAGCAAAUUCCUCACCUAGCCCAGCCUGGAGCAGAAAUGGCUGCAGGGGGCCGCGGUCUCUGCAGGGCCACGGGCGCCCCUCUCUGCCCCUCUUGGAGACGAGCUCACGGGGAGGCCCGGGGAGGCCUGAAGCCUGCCUAUGACGCGGUGGUGAUAGGCGCAGGACACAACGGGCUGGUGGCCGCGGCGUACCUGCAGAGGCUGGGCGUGAACACGGCCGUCUUCGAGAGGCGCCAUGUGAUCGGGGGCGCAGCCAUCACCGAGGAGAUCAUCCCAGGGUUCAAGUUCUCCCGAGCGUCCUAUCUCCUCAGCCUGCUGAGGCCGCAGAUCUACACCGACCUGGAGCUCCAGAGACACGGGCUGAGGCUUCAUCUCCGAAACCCACACUCCUUCACCCCCAUGCUGGAAGCCAGCGCAGGGAGCAAGGUGCCCAGGUCCCUUCUGCUGGGCACAGACAUGGCGGAAAACCAGAACCAGAUCGCCCAGUUCUCACGGAAGGAUGCCCAGGCCUUCCCCAGAUACGAGGAGUUCAUGAACCGAUUGGCACAAGCCAUCGACCCUCUGCUGGACGCGGCCCCCGUGGACGUGGCGGCCUUCCAGCACGGCUCCCUGUGGCAGAGGUUCAGGGCGCUCUCCACCCUCAAGCCCCUGCUGAAGGCAGGUCGCAUCCUGGGAGCCCGGCUGCCCCAGUACUAUGAGGUCCUCACGGCUCCCAUUACCAAGGUGCUGGAUCAGUGGUUUGAGUCAGAGCCUCUAAAAGCCACUCUAGCCACAGACGCCGUGAUUGGAGCCAUGACGAGCCCCCGCACCCCGGGGAGUGGGUACGUGCUGCUGCAUCACGUGAUGGGGGGACUGGAGGGGACGCAGGGGGCCUGGGGCUUCGUCCAAGGGGGCAUGGGUGCCCUCUCCGAUGCCAUCGCCAGCUCAGCCACCUCGCACGGAGCCAGCAUCUUCACGGAAAAGACGGUGGCGAAGGUGCAGGUGAGCAGCGAGGGCCGAGCGCAAGGCGUCGUGCUGCAGGACGGCACGGAGGUGAGGAGCCGAGUGGUGCUGUCCAGCGCGUCGCCACAGGCCACCUUCCUGAAGCUGACGCCGCAGGAGUGGCUUCCCAAGGCGUUCGUGGAGAGGGUCUCUCAGCUGGACACCCAGUCUCCGGUCACCAAGAUCAACGUGGCUUUAGACAGGCUGCCUGACUUCCUGGCGGCCCCCAACGCCCCUGGGGGCCAGCCGCUGCCCCACCACCAGUGCUCCAUCCACCUGAACUGCGAAGACACGCUCCUGCUCCAUCAGGCCUUCCAGGAUGCCAUGGACGGCCGGCCUUCCCGCAGGCCGAUGAUCGAGCUCUGCAUCCCGUCCUCGCUGGACCCCACCCUGGCUCCGCCCGGCUGCCAUGUCGUCUCCAUCUUCACCCAGUACACGCCCUACACGCUGGCGGGAGGCAAGGUCUGGGACGAGCAGGAGAGAAACGCGUACGCGGACACAGUGUUUGACUGCAUCGAGGCCUACGCCCCCGGCUUCAAGGACUCUGUGGUGGGCAGAGACAUCCUCACGCCACCAGACUUGGAGAGGAUCUUUGGGCUUCCGGGAGGGAACAUAUUCCACUGUGCCAUGUCCCUGGACCAGCUCUACUUCGCCCGCCCUGUACCCCUGCACUCGGGCUACCGCUGCCCUCUCAGGGGUCUGUAUCUCUGCGGAAGCGGGGCCCAUCCUGGAGGCGGCGUCAUGGGAGCUGCUGGACGAAACGCAGCCCACGUGGUUCUGAGGGACCUCAAGAGCACGCGACCCUGAACCAGGGCUGACCCAGAAGGAAGAGCUCGCCCCAGUCUCUAAGUGC